AUUAUCAUUGUGUUAAUGUUUUUUUUUCUCGAUUUGUUCGUCAUCUCCAACUGCUCCUUGGUCGACUUUUUCUGUUGCUAAAAAUUCGAACGGAAGAUAGAUAAUUAUGUAUCACGAAUGUUGGUAGAAGCGGGGGGCAGUUUUAGCCAAUGAUCAUCACUGCGUAAUUGAACUAACGGUCCUAGUCCACGCGGUUGCGGCGGGUGCCACCGCAUCGGAUACCAGUCCUCUAGUGGUGGAGCAUUUACUGGGAAGCAAGAAAAGCAAGGUCACCUAGAGAGGGCCCGGAGAGAGCCUUCUAUAUAAGCGGUUACGCGGGACCAUUUAAGCAUCUUCAUCGUCUGCGAUUCUCAAAAAGCGCGCUAACUUGGCAAAACAAAGCCAUGAUUUCCUUCCGCGCUGUACUCUUAGCCGCUUUGGUUGUUGCCCCGGGACUCGCAGGCUACACCCCGUACCAGUUCGGUUACCAUACUGUCGAUGACUUCGGCACUCGGCAAUCGCGAUCUGAGGCUGCUAAUCAGUACAACCAGCGUGUGGGUGCGUACGGUUUCACUGAUGCGCGCGGUAUCUACCGUCAAGUCAACUACGUUGCCGAUGAGCUCGGCUUCCGCGCUUUGGUGUUGACCAAUGAGCCCGGAACCGUCCCAUCUGCCCCAGCGGCGACCACUUACAAUGCCGAGGCCACUGUUGGCGUCGCGGCCCCGGUUACAAAAAUUGCCGCUGCUUCUCGGGCCGCCCCAGCUGUCACGGCCGCCCCAGCUGUCACGGCCGCCCCAGCUAUCACGGCCGCUCCAGCUGUCACUGCCGCCCCAGCGAUCGCGGCCGCCCCAGCGAUCGCGGCCGCCCCAGCGAUCGCGGCCGCCCCAGCUUUUGGCGCUCCUCUAGCUGCUUCUGCUAUCACUAAAACUCACACCGCCCCCGCUUCUAACGCUCCUCUGACUGCCCCUGCCAUCGGCAAGAUCGACGCUGCCCCUGUUGCUCAUUAUACGGCUGCACCUGCCAUCGGCAAGAUCGACGCUGCCCCUGUUGCUCAUUAUGCGGCUGCACCUGCCAUCGCCAAGAUCGACGCUGCCCCUGUUGCUCAUUAUACGGUUGCACCUGCCACCGCUAAGGUACACGCCGCCCCCGUUGCCGCUUUGUACUCGACUGUGGUGUCGCACACCGCUCCCGCCGUUUCUAAGGUUCACGCUGCUCCUGUAGCCUAUACUGCUGCUCCGGCCAUCACCACUGCCCCUGUAGCGCAUUAUGCGGCUACACCUGCCAUCACUAAAUUCCACGCCGCCCCUGUUGCCGCUGCGUACUCGACUGUGGUGUCACACACCGUCCCCGCCGUCACCAAGGUUCACGCUGCCCCUUUAGCCUACGCUGCUCCAGUGAUCACUAAAGUCCACGCUGCCCCCGUUGCUGCUCCGUACUCAACCGUAGUGUCGCACGCUUCCCCAAGCAUUGCUAAGGUUCAUACUGCCCCUGUAGCCUACGUUAGUGCUCCGGUCAUUGCCGCCGCUCCUGUUGCUCAUUAUGCUGGUGCGUCCCCAGCGAUCGCUAAGAUCCAUACUGCUCCCGUUACUGCUUCCUACUCAACCGUGGUGUCGCACGCCGCCCCCGCCAUUGCCAAGGUUCACACUGCUCCUGUGGCUCACUUUGCUAAAACCUGGUAAUUAAAGAAACGUUUGUGAAAAUGGUGACGAAUAAAUUCUGUGAUAUGAGAUGGAGAGUCGAACGAUUUUGUUUUUCAUUUGUUAACAAUAUUAUUGAACAAGGACACUUUUAGGAAGCGUCGCCAUUCUGACAAAUAUUAAUGAAACGUCGUUCGUUAUAAAUGACAGAUUGGCUAGACCUGGGCCACAUCGCGCAAAAGAGCGCUGUAUCCCCUCUUUUAAUUGGAAUUGUGAUUUCUUAUUUGCCGGUGUAUCAAUAAGAGCAAUGUAUUGAUGAAUGGAGACCCAUUCACGCGUGUGCACGUUUUGAGAAAAUGAAGAGUGCAAUCCGAAUUGGAAUAAGCAAAGGUUUACAUCUUUUUACAACGUUGUUCUUGUCUGCGAAUCGUUGACAAUUAUUUAUUUGUCCAAUAAGUGCCUCCUAUAUGCGAUGUAUGUACACAGCAUUUUAAUAACGAAGAUAACGUAUAAAUAGUCUUCCAAAUAUAUGGUUUUCGGUCAUGCUAAAUUGGCGUCAUGUACAGAUUGAACAAUCAACAGUAAAGCGGAAAGUUUCUAUUUUUUCAUAAGACACUCGAAAAAAUUGUUGAUUCAGCAUAACUUCAAACGAAAUCAUCAGGUGAAUGUUAUUGCGGUUAACUAAGAAGAAAAGCAAGAACGAAAUAGUAAGCUACAGAAGAAAAAUUUGCUUGAUGCUACGCCAGUAGAGAUUGAAAAAGCAGUGUACACCUAUUGCGUUCGUGGAUGAAAAUGGAUGAUGCGAAAGAUAUCUAACUACACCUUAUGGACGACUAAAUAAACAGUUCAAACUGCCAA